AUGUGGCUGGCUCGACCUGCUGCCAAAGUGUUGUGGAAAAGGCAUCAGAAGAAAAAGCGCCGAAAGAAGAACAAUCCAAGUUAUUCUGCUUCAAAGAAACAACCUAAAAGCAGUCGAGAUCGUUGGUGGUCGGGCAAGGGACAAGAUAGCCCUCGAGAUCAAAGAUGGUGGUCAGAGGCAGGGGCAAAGAUAACUCCAGAAGAAAAGGCAAUGGAGAUGAGAAGUUUAGCAGACAAAGCAUCGAGAUUGAGGAGACAAGAUGCAGAAUUCGCCAAGGAAAAGGAACGAUUUGAGGAGAAAGCCCACGUCGCCAAGAAUGACCAGAGAGAAGCUGCGGAAGUGUUAAGAGAGAAGCACAGGGAUGUAAAAAGAGAUGAAUCGGAAUUGAGGAGGCGUGAAUCGGAAUUAAGAAGGGAGAAAUCUCAAUUGAAAGCAAAAUAUGCGGCAAUUCGAGCGAAAGAAGAGAAAGUCGAAGAUGAAAAGGCGACAAUUCGAGAAGAGAAGAGAAAUCUUCGACUUGCAAGGGAAAGAUUGAUGGAGUAUAGCGAAAGAGUGAGAGAAACAAUCGACAGGGCGGUGGACUAUGUGGGUGGGUACCAUGAAGAAGACGAGAAGUUGCCGACGAAGCAACUGUGGAUUCGACGAAUAUUGUUCAUGUUUACGGGCUUUCCUAUUAUCGGUUUAUAUUUCGUCGUUUUGACGGGAUGCAUGGCCAAUAACGUGAUAUCCCGAGCCUUCUUUACCAUCAACGUAUUUAGCGGCGCAUCUGACGAGUUCAUCGUCCCGAAUUUUCGAGUUGGUUAUUUUGGAGUCUGUGCUAUCAUCCCUAGUACAGGUAAAGACGUCUGCACACCCAAUUUUCCCUACGGUCGAACCGCCAGCAGCGCUGCUGCCAUCGUGCAAGCCGCACUCUUCAAGGGAAGCACUGACACGUCUACCGCGGAAAAUAUCGAACUUGCAGUCGGUAUUCAACAAAAACUUCUUCCUCUAAUCCUCGUGCCUUUCUUUGCUUUCAGUAUUGGAGUCCUCUGGACGAUCUGGACUCUUCCUACCUCCAAAAUGGCAUCCGCGAUAUUGCAGUGGAGCGCGGGUAAUAUGAUGAGUGCAGCGGGGAGUAUUAGUACUGCUGGGGGAGCAAUUCAGUUUGUCACGAGUAGGAGCACGGGGCAACAGAUUAGUAGGGGGUUCCGUUGCAGAUUGGACAGUAUGUGA